AUGACGAUGUCAAAAAUACUGACCGAUUGUGUGCUGAUGAAAUGGUUUGAAACUGAAAUUAGGACAUACAGUGGAGAGGAUCCUAUGCAAGUGUGGCAUGAAUACAUUAAAUGGACUGAGCAGAAUUUCCCCAAAGGUGGAAGGGACAGUAAUUUGCCUCUACUGUUGGAAAGAUGUGUUUCUCAUUUUGUAAAAGACGUAGGCAAAUAUGCCAAUGAUGCGAGAUAUGUAGAAGCCUGGAUAAAAUUUGCAAACUUCUGCAGCGAUCCAAUUGAGAUUUACCAGUUUAUACAGAAUAAGGGAAUUGGUUGGAAACUUGCCAUAUUUUAUGAGAGUUUAGCAAAUGAAUAUGAAAAUGUAGGCAAUACAAAGAAGGCUGACAAUGUCUAUGAAGAAGGGAUACGUAGAAAUGCUGAACCCAAAGAAAAACUUCAACGUUUACACAGGGAGUUCAAGUGUCGUGUAGCCCGUGAAGCUGCUGCUGGCAUAGCAGAGGAGGAACCCAUGGAUGCUGAAAUUAGUCAAGGUCAAAGGAGAGCACUGGGCGGAUUAAAAAUGCAUGGGAAAAGAGCUCCAAAGGUUCCUGUUGUUAGAGUUGGUUCUCAAGUUCAAACCAAAUCCAGAGGACUGCCUGGUACAACUGCAGUCUUACAACAAAGCAACUCUGCCCCUGUUAAAGUGUAUGGUGAUGAAGAUGGUGCAUGUAGCAAUGCAUUGCUGCCAGCCACUGGUGAAUGGACACAGUUAGCCCCAAGAGUUGAGGUAGCUAAAGAAAACACACAGACAGCUGGUAAAUGGAAUAAAUGCAAGAUUCCUCAACGUGGUGGUGUUAGUAUUGGUAUCAAUGAUGUUGAUAUGCCAGCCUUCUCUGUACAUGAAGACCCUGAGCAAUUAGUGUACGUGCAGCAGCCUUACAUAUUGACAGACUUUCUCAACAGUCUUCACAUAUUUACACAUAAAAAUAAAGUCUGUCGGUACUUACAAAGUUGGUAA